AUGGCUUCGGUCAAAGUAGCAGUCAGAGUGCGGCCCCUUAAUAAAAGGUGAGGAAAAUAUUUUCGUUUUAAGUUAUAUUGUCGUUCGUGGCAGAGCCGGCAAAAUCGAAUGCCUUGCUUUGUAAAAAUCGGUUAAAUGUCUUCUUUGAAUCGUCCAGGGAACGCGAUAUGGCCGCAAAAGUUUGUAUUCAUAUGGAAGGGAAGAAAACUACAAUCACUAGUCCUGCCGUAAGUGAUUUGUGAAAUUUUUCGUCCAUUUUACGUAGGUGGACAGUUGCUUCUUUGCUGCAAUCUUGUAAAAUUACGGUAGUCUAUGAAGUCUAUAAAAAUUCUCUCAUUUUUUUAGGGAGAAGACAAGGACUUUUCAUAUGAUUUUUCCUACUGGUCCGCGGAUAGCUCAGACCGGCAUUUCGCCUCGCAGGAACAGGUGAUUUUUUUGAGAAUAUAACUUCCUUUUAAAUAAUUUUAAAUCCAAACUGAAGAUAUUUUCGUGCAGUUGGCGAUUCGUACGUCAUUGUGAAUAUGUAAUCAGUUAAUGAAAUUUUAUACACAGUCUCACGUAGAUUUGCCAGCAAUGGGUAUUCUUGACCCCAGAGUGAUCCACACUUGUUUUUAAUCCACUGAAAAAUUUCUAGCAACAGUGGUGUAAGCUAAUGUUUUGUUUUCGAAUUUUUUCAAAGGCUGCAACUCACUGGCCAAUCGUUUAUUUUGGGAUCCUAUUUCCGUUUUUGUCUGCUUUUUUAUAACCUUAUAUUCAUUUGUUUUGCAAGCCAAAUUUAAAAUAACACUGAUCAAACUAUAUAUAAGCCUUUUGGCAAUCUAUAAAAUUGACUCGUAACAAUGAAAAAUCAGUUUUCCUUUAAAUUUAUUGCUGUUAUUUCAUGUGGAAUCAGAGUUGAGCCUUCAGUUUAAAAAACACUGAUUAAUUCGUUCUUUAGACAUAAAUUAAAAUUAUACCGCCCUUUAUGAAUGUCUUGAUGAUGUUUUGAUUUUGUAGUGCUAAAUCUGUUUCACGAUGUGGUAACAGUUUGAUUUCACGUAAACUAUAAAUUCAAAUUUAUUGUUUACUUCAAUAGUGAUUACAGAUUGUUCACUGCAUGUAUGAGAAUCAUAAAUCAAAAGAGAACAAAAUGUAAAUAAUUCUGAUUGUAUAAAUGUUUUAUGUUGUUAACCAUCCUUGAAAUUAAAAGCCAAUCAUACACAGAUAUUUGUAAAAACAUAACCCACUUCAAAUGACAAUCAAAAAGUACAAUGUUUAUAUAAUCAGAAUUACAGAGCUUGUCUUUAAAGAGAAGCAUAAAUACUGGACUGUUGUCUCUAUAACAUUGUACUGGGUUUUACAUAAUUAUACUUCUGCCGUUUGGUAAAAUCAUGUCGUUAGUUCAUGUUAACAACCAUGUUCGUUGUCAUAAAAUGUAAAAAAGUGCUCACAAAUUAAACAGAUUGUGGUCUGUUAAAUCAAAAGUUCUCUGAAUUGCUCUUGGAAGUGAGCAAAUGAUAAUGUUUCACUGGACAAAUAUUUCAGUCAACUCUUUUUAAUACAAUUGAUUGGACCAGCUCUGACUGUCCAUCUUUGAAAUGUGUCUGCCUAAUAUUAUACCGUAAACUGUCUUGUAUUAAACCCAUCACCAGUAUCUGCAUGUUGGGAAGGUUCCAGCUGGUAAGUAGGGAAGGUAACCUUGACCACCCUGUGAGCAGCAACCACCAGGCAUCAUGAAAAUGAGAACCUUAAGACGACAGUUUUGUAGAUAAGCACUUACCAAGACAUAGUUAUUCAGAGGGUCAAAGGCAGUGCUGGGAGCAAAACAGCCAAACGAGCUGCACGCAAAUGGCAACAUUAACGAAUUGAAUUGACCUAUUACUGAGGACCUCUAGGCUCUAGGACUGCCCUGCAUAUGACUAGAGAGAGAGACAUGGCCAGCAUUGACUUGUUUUUAGCAUCAGCAUCACAAGGGACAGAGACAGUUGACUGUUACUGCCCAGAAAAAAAUUUGAAAAUUUCAAACAUCAGACCUCACAGUCACUUGACAAUGAUUCUAAUGCUAAUGAGACUAAAUAAUUAAAAGGAAACGGUUUAACAUCUUUACCUGGCCAACGUCUGAUGGACUGACUCAUGAUCCCGUUCUGCUGAUUUUCAGGUGUUUGAGGAUUUGGGAAAUGAUGUAAUUCAGGCAGCAUUUGAAGGCUACAAUGCUUGUAUAUUUGCUUAUGGUCAGACAGGGGCUGGCAAGUCAUAUAGCAUGAUGGGACAGGAUGUAAGUAUUCAUAAAUUCAGUGUUCUUACCAGACCGCAGCAUUGUGGCGUUGUGGCUUUGCCACACUUUUUUGGGAAAUGCCACACUAUAAUUAGCCUAAGGAGUUCCAAGGGUGCAGAAAAGGGAAGGGAAAAAACCUAUUACAAAACGUAUGUAAACAUACCUACAUAUACAGUGUAUACAUUUCCUUAUAACGUAAGCCAAAAUUUAAUUGGUUAUGGCGUCUUUAGAAAACAUCCAUCAUUAUCGAAGACUCGGAGCUGUGAAAACAUUGAGUUAACUGUAUCUAAAAAUUGUGACCUGCUUUUCUCCACCAUGAUCCCCUUUUAGCUUCUCUACGGGUCCUAUGCACCCCAGCGUAUGAAAUCCUGGUAAGAACACUGUAACUUUAUUCAAUGUACAAUUAUCUGGAAAAGAGUAAGUGGUAACUUUAAAAAGGUAUGUCAUGAGCAUUACUGCUGCUUUAAGAAACAUUCAGUGUGCUAUUGCCUUUAUCAAUACACAAAAUUCUCUUGUGGUGAGUUAUUAGGAAGAUAUCAAACAAAUCUCAAGAGUGAGCACUACCCAUUUAGUUAUUGUUGCAGGCAUACCAUUACAACUUGAAAAAGUUUGCUUAAGUUUUUAAAGUUUCAAUCCAUAUCCAUCUUUGCCAUCUGUAGCUGCAAUAGAUGACAGGAAAUAUAUCAUGCCUAAUAUAUAAUCUUUAAAUUAAUAACAAAUCUGGAUGUCCAGUAUUUUAAAAAUUUUGCAUGACAUGGGUAAAUGGGGUAAAAGGGGUUUACACCAGAGUUAAGAAUUAAAAUUUUUGACAUUCAUGCUGAGUGUCAGCAUACUACACGACAAAAUAUACACCAGCCAUUUAUUUAUUGAACUUGGAAGUGUUUUCAAAUGAAACCUCUCUGAAGUUUUAUUUUCAAACUGGGUUGCAAAUAAUACAGGGGAACCUCUAUAAUGUGACUAAGGGCUAAGGGACCAGCAAAAUAUGUUCGCUAUAAUGAGGUUUCAUUAUAUUGAGGUUCUUAACUUUGAACCAUAUAUUUUACUAAUUACUGAGGUCAAGAAUAUCAUACAUUACACCAAGGAAAUUGUUAUAUGGAGGUUUGUCAAAUCAAGGUCUCACUGUAUUGAUAUUUUUAUUUUUCAUCAACGAUCUUUCUGUGUGAAAUAUAAUGAUUAUAAUAUAUUUAUUUGUUUGAUGUUGAACUUUAUUUUAGACUGCACCAGGGCUUAUACCAAGAAUAUGUCAGGUACGUACAAACUACAUGUACACAGUGUUUUUUAUAUGUUUUAUUUUAUUAUGUAAUUGUUACAUUGUAAUACCACAAGGAUGAAUCAACGAUUGCUUCAAUACUGUGUUAUAUAAAUGCCUCAUGAAAAACUGUCCACAAUAGCACAUUAUUACGAUAAACCCCAAUGUCUUCUUUCAGUAAAACAGUUCUGUUGUUGAGUACAAUGUACUGUAUUUCCAUCCUGAAAAUAAUAUUGACGCAGUUUAAUACAAUCAAAGGUCUUUUAAGUAGACACCCUCUGGAAGCAAGUUUCCACAACUGGUGCUGGCUGCUUGGAGAGCUGUUCUCUUAUGAGAGUAUCCAUGGAGAGAGCUUACACUGUACAUGUAGCUUAUCUUUAAUACUUUUUUUCUGCUAGGGCCUGUAUUCACGCAUGGAGUCAAGUGGUGAUGACAAGACUGAGUUUAGAACUGAAGUCAGGUAAUGAGUAUGUUGUCAUUAAUUCUGACUUGUACAUGUGCAAAAUUAUUUGUUCUCAGUCUGGUGUGAAAAACCCGUUUAGUAGUAUCUUAAAUAAUUAUUUCUUAUUGCUGAUAGUUAUCUAGAAAUAUACAAUGAAAGAGUUGGAGAUCUCCUGCGACCAGCAAAAGGAAAGGACAAAUACACUCUCAAAGUGCGAGAGCACCCUAAGGAGGGGCCUUAUGUACAAGGUGCGUGUUAUGCUGAGUUAUUUUUUUAGUGACAGUUUCAGUUCCAGUACCUUACCAGAAAAAAACUUGAAUUCCAGAGCUUGUCCUUUGGGCAAGCAGCUCUCACAUUUUGCUCACCCUAGACCACUUCUUGAUACGGUAGAUGUAGUGAUAUUUCAGUGUAUCCUGUUCCAAAACUGCUGAACAGUGUAGUCUGCAUCAACACUUUAAAAACUUGGUUUAUAACAUAGCGCGCGUGCUUGCCCUGUAAGUCCUAUUGAGCCGCUACGAACAAAAUCUUUAUUUAUGCACGCCCGUGCGUAAAUAAGAUGACGUGAACAUUUUUUUUAACCUGGCUGCAAAGUUGUCGACUUUUAAGCUGCAGUGCACUUUGCCUUCUCUUUAAAAUACGGAAGAAACCAGCAAAGAACUGCCCAAUUUUUCUAUCGGCAUUGACCUUUUAGGUCCUGAUCCAACAAGCAGCAAAAAUAAAGCCGAAUUAAAAAAAAACCCGCAAGUCGCGCGUUUCGCAAAUUUGUCGAAGACCAGCUGCAGCAAAUUUUGGCCGAAAAACAUUCACUGGGAACAGAACAGACACCAACUGGUCAUCAACAACAUUUAAAGGCAAAAUUUCCGUUUUUAUUGUUGUUUUUAAAUUUGUUAUGCACUUUGUUAUCUCCGGACUAUCCGACUGAAGCAGGAAAAUUUCUCUCGCAAUAACAACACAAAUUACACAAGAAGACAUAAAUUUACUACUCAAGAAGCUAGAGUUGCACUCGGCUAUCGCCUCGUGCAACUCUUACGCAUCUUUCGUGCUCUCCAAACUUCCCGCGUGCAUCCAUAACUCGAUAUACGCACGCUAAGCAUGAACAAAUUCUUAAGUAUUUUGAAUUUACAAGUCAUAAUACUUACUGUAGAAGUUUGCAAUAUGUAUUACAGAUUUAACAAAGCAUGUUGUGAAGGACUAUGAAGGCAUUGAGAAUCUCAUGGAUGAAGGCAACACAAACAGGUGAGAAAUUAGCAAGCCUGAGCUAAUAACUGUAGAAGAAUUGCUUCAAUCAAUGAAAAAAGUGUUUGCAGCAAUUAUGAUAAAGUUUACAAUGUUUCAAACAACUUUUCAACGAUUGUGGCAGUCAUUGACACAGCAAUAAUGAAUUAGACUUUUUUGCUAUUUCAAGUUUGGUAAAUCCACUUGAUCGUUACAAACAAAUUAACAACAACAAGUUUUUCCUAAACAAGCCACACAAAGCAUCUGUCCUGCGUUAUAAUUAUUACUUUUCUUUGAGUCUGUGUGUGGGUAGUUCAGUAAAUUGUGCUCAAUGUGCUCAUGUUUCUCAUCCAGAAAUCUCUUAUUUCAAUAUUUCAGGACAGUAGCAUCCACCAACAUGAAUGAUGUGAGCAGUCGAUCCCAUGCAAUAUUCACCAUAUUAUUCACACAGGUUAGUUUUAGUGAUAGCACGGUGGAGUCAUGAUCACAGCACCAGGCUUGUGAGUCCUGAGUUUGAGUUCUAAUCUCUGACCAAGUGCUGGAUGUGCAUGGUUUCUCAGCUGCCUGAAAUAAAAUAUUGAAUGAAUAACAGCCUUCAUGAUCUGACAUUAAUUUAGGGUUUUAUAGAAAACCUUAAUUCCAGCUUAUUAAUGUACUUUGCUCAUGGGCUAUAACAUUUGGCCAUUGGUUGCCUGAUUGUGUUAGCUAAAUGAUUGAGCUACAAGAUGAAUUGCCUAGACCCUUUCUCAUCAAGCAUUCUUAGCAAGUUUCAAUGUACUCAUUACCAGCAAGAAAGUCUUAUGCGUGUACUUGUCCUGGACAAGUAGAUGCAUGGCGUUUUUUGAGCCCUGUCAAAUCUUAUUUGAAUUAAUAUUAAAUUGUAAAUCUGGCCUUUUUUAUUUUCUUUGACUGUGUGCAUGGCAGUGCAUAAAUUGGGAAUACAUGUUAAUGUGUUGAAUGUUUGGACUGCUUAUUGUAGGCCAAGUUCUAUACUGACAUGCCAAGUGAGACUGUUAGUAAGAUUCACCUUGUCGACCUGGCUGGAAGGUUAGUUAACUUGUUUAAAUACAGGUUAAACUUUAUACUGCUCAAUAUUAUCCAACAUUGUUCGAUAGAAUUGAUUCUGUUUUAAGGCAUUCUGAAAAACAGGAGAAUAAAAAACUAUUGAGGCUACACACGUUGAUGCAGAUCCGACUUGAGAUGUUUACUGUACAAUGUUACUGUCUCAUAUAAUUUAUUAUGUGUAAAAUAUUAAAUGCUGCCAGUUAUAAAAAUAAUACAGUGUAUCUAAGUAACAAAAUAAAUUAACAAAUACAUUAUACAUCGUUCCUUUAAAGCGAGAGAGCAAACUCUACUGGUGCAACAGGAAGCAGAUUAAAAGAAGGAGCCAACAUCAAUAAAUCUCUGGUUACAUUAGGAACAGUUAUCUCAGCACUUGGUAUGAUAUAUAGAAUUCACACUCAGAUAGAUUUUAUUUUUUUGUGCACUUUGUAAGAACAAUGUGUGAAAGAGGUCUGUGGGUAUUACUCAUCUUGCCAUAGUACUGAAUGCAGGUGUGCUACCAAUUUUUCCAGCCUGAAAUUGCUCCCAUCUCAUGUGCAAUUUAAUUAUUUACUUGGAAGAAUUCACAUCAUGGUUUCCCCUUUGUAGAUUACAUGUUUACAUGGAAGUUACAGCUUUCCUGCUUUAAGUGUGUUUCCUCGAAUAAGAGCCCACACUUUCAUAAGUGCCCUCCCCCAAACACAGGAAGCGCCCUCCCUCAAGGCCAUUAUAUCAAAUAAGUGCCAGGGGCGGAUCCAGGAUUUUUUUUAGGAGGGGGUGCACUCAUCUCUUGCUCUACUUCAACACCAAUAAACCACAUAUUUUAUUUUUGGGGGGCAGAAUACCAGUUGUAUUAGAAAACCGCAGGUCAUUUCAGGGGGGGGGUGCGCACCCCCUGCACCCUCCCCCUAGAUCCGCCCCUGAGUGCCCCCUCGAAAAAGCGCCCCACUCCCCUCACUUUCUUAAAUAGUAGGGAUGCAAGGAAACCCAGCUUCAAUUCUAUUGCCACUUCAUUUUUAACGUUUUAGUUGUUGACUUCAGCAGAAUCAGUAUGGGAGAAUACAAUGUAGGUUUUCCCUAUUCCCUAUUGUUGAAAUGGUGAACAGUGAAAACAAUGAAAUCAUUCCAUGUUAAAUAGGAAAACUGACUGCUGCACUGGAUAGAAGCCCAGCGUAAUGCGAACAUCAGUCCCCGUUUAUUCAUACAAACACAAACACUUAGGUACUGCAAAGGCAGUGAAGUAAAAAAAAAAGUAACAAGUUCCGAGUAAAGUUCUUUGAUCAAUAAUAAAGAUGAUAUCGUGUCUGCUGCCCGUCAGGAAAAACCCCCUCACUAAGGAGGAAACCUGAACCCUCCCGAAAGCAGAGCCAGACACUUAACAUGAACCUCGAGGGAGAGAGGUUGAACUAGAAUACAGAAUUAUGAGUACAUCAACCACCAACGGCAAUAAAUUCAAAUGACACAAAAAGAAAAAAGCAUUGACAAACGAAACUCAGGCAGCGAUGUCAGCUUAGAAUGAUCACCUCAGUAAAAUCCCGCCCCUUUAUACAUGAGUAUCCGUGACAGCUGUCAAUAAGCUGGAACCGUGAAAACAAUAAUUUGCUGCUAUUCUUAGAACCGCAGCAAAUAACAAUUUCUUUGCCAUUAAGUCACUUCUAGUUAUUUCUGUAUCCAUGUGGAUGCUUGCAGAGUUCCUUUAUGUGCAUUAUCUCUUCUUUCAAUUUUUACCCUAUUGCCCGCGCUCACAGUAAUGCCGUAAACUUCCCAGGAACCACUAGACCAUUCUCUAGUUCGUUUAAAGGAAAACGUUAUAAGUGCCCCCCUUGAGUAAGUGCCCUCCUUCGAAUAAGCACCUGGGUGCUUAUUUGGGGAAAUAUUGUAUAUCAUAGUCAGGGUUAAUCAUUGGAGAAUAAAGGGCAGCUUUUUGGGACAGAAUAUUUUCAGGUGAAAUCAUUACAUGCAAAGUAUACAAGAAGAAUAUGGGAAAAACCUGGGAACUUACUCUUUCUGAAAUAAAUCCAGGAGCACUCUAAUUCCCUGCUUCUGAUUAUACAAAAAUGGAUACUCCUACAUUACUAAAAAUAUAUAGGAUAAAAAAUUGUCAUUAUUUCUGGUCAAGCUUGUCCUUGUCUGGUAAUUAUUCCUUUUGCUUUAUUGUAGCUGAAGCAAGUGAAAAUGCUAUCAUCAAAGAUGCCAAGAAGAAACUCUUUAUUCCUUAUCGCAACUCAGUGUUGACGUGGUUACUCAAAGACAGCUUAGGAGGAAAUGCUAAAACAAUUAUGAUAGCAGGUAGAAAAGAAGUUCAUUGUCACUCAGUCAAGCGAAAAAUGAUUCCUCCACCAUUAGAUUGCCAGUGAAUCAUUUUUUGAAGACCUGCCCCUAAUGGCCGUUUUUAUACUAGACACGUUAAACUAAAAAGUCGUCGAGAAUUAUUUAACGUCUGAGACGUUAAAUUGUGCUCAAUACAUCGACACUUGAAUGAAGAGCUUUUUUCAUUCAUAACCAAGAAAAACAAAUAACAAGAAUAACAAAAAAACCCAGUAACAUCAGCAACCAAAAAAUGGUAAGAAAAAAGUAAUAAUGAGGAGAAAUUGGCUUAUCAGUGUUAGAUAAGUAGCCUGUUUGUCAGACGAAAUUUCCCCUCAUUUAACUCAUCUGCAACACAAGCUAAGAUAAGAGGCACUUCAACAAACUGAAACUGUUAUGUUUUGUUUGCUUUAGCUAUUUCACCGGCUGAUGUCAAUUAUGCAGAGACUCUAAGUACUUUACGAUAUGCCAACAGAGCCAAGAAUAUCAUUAAUAAACCCACUGUUAAUGAGGUUAGUCAUUAUGAUUUAAAAAGGUGAAAUUUUAAACUCCAUUUCAUAGAAAAGGAGAAAGGAAAAAGUAGAUUACAGAAGAAAUUAGCAGUAAACGACUUUGUUUUCAGUGCUUUAAAUCUGUGUCAGAAAGGUUUAGUUUUUAUUAAUUAAUCUGUUUCUAUACUUCUUUUUUCCUUUAUCACGACUUAUCCUGUCCCUGUGUCCACAUACAAAUUCUCCAUACUGUGCUCCAUACAUUUCCUUAAAGAAUUAGUGGAGAGAAUUUUUUAAAAGAUUAAAGAAGUUUUCUCCUGAUGUUCAUUUUAUUAAUUGCCAUAGCCUUUUCUUUUGAUUAUGUAUUGGUAUUUUUAGGAGAAAAUUGGCCACUUUUGGAUCUUUGUAUAAAGGGUUAAAUCAUGUUCUUUAUUUUUAAGGAUCCUAACGUGAGACUCAUCAGAGAGCUACGAGCUGAGAUUGAUCGACUCAAAAUACUCCUUCAAGCUCAUGGGCAGGUAAGGGAUCCAUGAAAAAAUGAUGAUGUUUGGUCAAAAGAUGUUCUGAACUCCUUUGCAAAAGCUUGCGUAACCUGUUCACAGACCCUCUAUUUUCUCUGUAGAGAUCGUCUAGCGCGCGCAUGAAAAUAAAAACCGCGGGGGAUUAAUUGGCCGCCCUUGUUCUCCUCGCCCCGCGCUCGCCCUAGCAUAGCAGGGGCGGGAAUGGCAUUUUACACUCAGUCUCUGUCCAGUAAAUAACUCAAUUGUUUUGCUCAAUGCAAGACAAAGAAGUGAACUCUCUUUCCGCUUUAAAUAUUGUGAAAAAAAUGUCGGGUGGGGUGAAAAUAAGUGAUUGAAACCUGCACUGUCCCCCGUCUUCACGAGUAAAUUAAUGGCUGUCAGCGAUAUGCAGGGGGGGGGGGGCUAACCCUCUGCUCGACCAACAUCUCAUCAGUUGCGGGAAAAGGGGGGUAGGGAAGGCAUUACUGUUGGUUGCUAUAUCAUAGUGGGGAUGAUUGUCUUAAUGUAGCCUCAUACACUGUAUUUGUACCUUUCAUUAUUUGAGGCAACAUCGCUGAAAUGUUUCACCAGCAUGAAUUUGAAACGGCUUUUAAACAAGAAGGCCAUGUUGGGUAGUUGCCAGAUAAGCCUUGUGCUGCCCUUGCUAGAGCUCCUUCUCCAAUCCUUGUUUUUCAGGAUGGAAUUGGGGAACUUGGCGCCGCGGAAGAAACCAAGAUGACUGAAAGGCUUCAUGAAAAUGAAGCUCGUGUUGAAGAACUUACUAAGAACUGGACUAGUAAAUGGCGAGAAACUCAGAAAAUCAUUGAGGUAAACAAAACUGAGCCUAUGAGAAAAUCAAAUCAUCCCAAGUGUCCUGUAAGGAAGGCAGGGAAUACAUUGCAUUCAAAAUUAUGUUAUUAAAAAUCUAUUUUUCCUUUUCUUUUCUCUUUUUUUUCUUGUAGGAGCGAGCUCUCGGCUUCAGAUACGAAGGUGCUGGCAUCAAAAUGGAGUCGGAGCUUCCUCAUCUGGUCUGUAUCGAUGAUGACGUACUGAGCACUGGAGUCACGCUCUAUCAUUUGAAGGUAGGUAACUCUCGUCACGCGUCACGCUCUAUCACUUAAAGUUAGCUAUCUUUCAAUUGGCCAUUUCCGUGUCCUGAAAACUCUCACUUUCAAAACGAGGCUAAGGGCAAAACUUUGCUUUUGAAAAUGAGUUUUAUCUACAUGAGAAUAAAAAAGAGUUUUCAAUAAAACAAACUAACCUCUCACAUAGUCUCACUUUUGAAAAAGAGGCUCCAGGCAACCAACUCGGAAUGGCCUAAUAGUUAGUCUACCAAAUAAUGGUCUCUCUGGCUUUUUCAAGUCCUUCUCUGCCAUGAUGUUGCCUGAGAAGGCUACAAUCAUCGUCAAAGGUGUUGGGAAGGCUGCUACUUUUUACCUCUUUUUUCCCUCCUCCCCCCACUCCUGGCCCAAUGUUGAGCAAAAUGUUAAUGUUUAUGCGCGUAAUUGUUCUGUUAUAUCCCAACAUUGAAUAGAGGGGACGGGGAAUAUUUAGCAAAGAGAAAACUCUGUUUUUUGAGGAUUAAAAUGGACUUACUGUUAAGUUGUACAACCUUCCCAACUACUUUUGUCUGGGAUUGUAGAUCGUGACUGUAUAAUUUAUUGCAAGCCACUAAAGGCUUCCCUUACUAUUCACAGGACGGCAUGACGUACAUUGGAAGAGAGGAUGCCAAUUUUAAUCCUGAUAUAGGUAAGGUUUGAUUGUCAUGGUAAUGGUGAUACGUUAUGCCGUUUUGAAAUAACUUGUCGUACACACACACACAGGUCUAAGGAAUCUGUAGACACUUAGCUGUUUAGUGAAUGAACACGUCUGAUUGUUCCUCGUUUUUUCAACCCCCUUCUCAUUGUCUGGACAUUGGAUGAAAUAUUUCAGUGUCCCAAUUGUUAGCAGGUGCUAAGGCGUCUGAAUGGGUUUUUCUUAUUUCUCUUCGUGUUUGUUAAACUGCUCUAAAAGGACAAAAAUAAUACAGUAUCUAAUUGUGAAGUCAAUGGGAUCUGAUGUAUAUCUUUUUUAUCUACAGUGUUAUCUGGGCCUGGUAUUGAACCGGAGCAUUGUAUUAUGGAGAGUAUUGAGGGGACUGUGGUCCUUCAUCCAAUAGCAAGCAUGUGUCAGGUGAAUGGGCUCCCUGUGUGCAAGUCACAAAGGAUCAGUCAAGGUGGGUUGUCGAUAAGACCUAUAAUUAUUUUAUUAUUAAUUCAAACUACUUCCGUGCUUAAACCAUGCACACCUAUAUUUAAAACUCCCGUUUUAACAUUUGAUUAAACAUUUGCCUAUUACUUUAGUCGGCAAUUUCAGGAUUUGAAGGGAUAUUUAUUCUACUAGUUUUGCUUAAGGUCUGUACCUUCUUGAGAAGUUGUGAGAACUCUCAUGUUGUAAUUCAAUAACGUUGUUAUCUACUUGUAGGAGAUGUAAUCUUGCUUGGGAAAACGAACAUGCUGCGUUUCAACCAUCCCCAGGAGGCUGCGAAACUCAGGAAGAAGAGAUAUGUAAGUUAACUGUAGAUUUUUUCGCUUGCAAGAGGAAAUCCAGCUAACACUACUCUAACAAAGUAAAUACAAAAAUAGAACUAAAACUUUCAAUAUUAUAAAGAAAUAGCCGUAAUAGGCCUCGUCUCCGAAGGGUACCUCAUGAAUUGUCACAACAAUGAAUUCCAUGCGCAGUUAAAUUGAAGAAACAGAAGAAAACAAAACAAAAAUAAUAAAAAAACAACAACAAACACUCACGCACAGUACCAGAAAAUGGGGCUCGAUGGGGUAAUUAGAAAUUUUGCUUUUAACUUUCAUAAGGGUUUAUAUUCUCGAGAUCACUAUCGUUCUUAAUUAUUUAACUGUACAUUAUGUACAUUUCGAGACUUUCCACUCAGUUUCGACUUUUUAAAAACAUUUUUAGUACGAGUCCAUGGAAAAUCUGGCAGACAUUUCAUCGGAGCCCGAGAGGGAGCCGUCUUAUAUGUUCUACAAUGCAGGGUAAGUACAGAACGUAAGUUUGUCUUUUCUGGUUUCUCUUUUAUUUAUAUUACUUCUAUAAAAUAAAAAGGGUUUAAAAAAGGUCAGAACUUUUGGGUACCCUUUAAUUCCUGUGCGAGGGUCACAUUACAAGGUUUGGUUCACAGACUGAACAUUCUUUGACUGAGUCAGGCUUUUAGAGUUAAGGGGCUUGAGUGAUUGACGUCUGCAAGUAUCUAAGGAAGCUUCACUACUUUCUUCCCAAUCAGAAUAAGUAUCCAUAAAAUGGAAUAAGCAUUGUAUUCGAGUGAUCAAAAUGAAUGACGUCAAAGAAAAAAGCAAACGUCAGCUAUGAAUCCGUUCGCUUUCUUUGUUAUCCAACCAAACGUCGCGCGCUGUGCCACUUACCGCUUAACCAAUCCAAUUUGUUCACACGUUAUCGUUUAUUUAUCACUUGCUUUAUUUUAUCAGGUUCGCUUUAUGUUAAUUAGUUAAAAUAGACCAUGGUUACCGCAACAGCGUGAAGCCAAUUACGGCUCUAAAAAAGUAACUUUAUUCAAAAUAAGAGCGCAAUAGUAAAUGCUUUAGCUGAAAUGAGAAGAAAGACAAAGUCAAAUACAGUUGAAACACCUGAAGCAAUCACCCCAAAUACCCAAAUUUGUUGGUAGGGUACGCGAAGUGGUCAGGCAUGGAGGUUCGAAUGUGCCAUAAUUUUUCCAGUUUUCUAAAACACUACGCUCUGUACGUGGUCUUUAUCGUGUUGUUUUGGCUUACUCCAUCAAAACGCUAAAGGAAUCGAAAUUGACUCACGAUUCUCUACUCAGAACGUUUCUGGGGCAGUUUUAGGCACGAUAACUUUAGUUUUGUACUUCUACUCUUUUGAUUGGCUGACAAUAUCAAGCGCCACAGUUUUAACCAAUCAAACAAAUUGUGACGUGCACACUCUCCUUUUCCCGUGUCUUACGGCGGGGACAUGAGGAAUCUUACAAGAUUCGACGACGGCAACGAGAACGUCAAAAAAGCAACAGGUUUAAAAAGCUGAAAAACAACUUCGCACGUGCAUCACGCUUUUUUGUACAUUUCUUUGCCUUCACUGCACGACUACGACGUGAAAAUGCCUAAUUUUAUGUUUGUGGAGGACGCAAACAAGCAACGACGAAAUUUUCUUUCUCUUUCUGACCUUAGAUGAGUCUCCUAGGAAUUUAAAUCCGGGAGAGCUCACAUAUAUUUAACAAAGUAUGCGAGUUAGAAUAAUCACGAUGAAGAUUGAAAAACCGCGAAUUCACUUUUCAAGCGAGGUUUCCUUGCCGUCGCCGUCCUCUCAUGUUAAGGUCCCUCUUUGUUUACUCCGUGGUCUGAUGUUAUCGUUCGGGUGUCUUUCCCUGUUUUGAUUGGCCAAAGUAAUUACUUUUAAUUCUUUUUGGGGUCCUGAAUCACGUCACGUAUUUGAAAAUCGAUGUCUUUGUUGUUUUCUAUUUUGUAGCCUGGAGCUUGAGCGCCAAUAUCGCGAAGAAACGAGAAGAAUAGAAGAACAAAGGUAAAUAGCGAGAUAUUUAGUUUUAUCAAACUUUAUAGCCAAGGAGCGAAUGACAUGCGUGUUUAUUUUAGAAAGCGCAAGUGCGCUGUAGAAUAUGGCUCACGGUCACAGGGUAUAUUCUUGAAAUAGACUCACUGAAUUUGAUUGAAUAUUUCACGCUUGAUCAGCCUACUCUUAAGUUUUUCUAGGUCUCAUCACUGUACUACCAUCACGUAUACUAAUAUUAUUUAAAACUGUACUAUUUAGUUCACACCGGCAGAAUUUUGAUUAGCUUAACGGGCCGUGUAAAUUAUACCUUGCUCUAACAAGAGCAGCCAUUAAAUCAUAUUCAUUUGAAAAGCAAAUAAAUGAAAUUUAUCUGUACUGUGAAAUCUGUGUGUUAAUCAGAAACUGAGUGCAAGUGGCUUCCAAACUUUUUUAUUCUCUUAUUUAUAACGCUCGUGUAAAACAAAACCAGCGGACUCUAGUGAGGAUCUGAUUCUCGAGUGUGUGCACUCAAAGUUUCUCUACAUGAUUCUUUCUUGUUUUUUAGGCGUCGAACUGAUCGUAAUAGGAAGCUUAAGCAACAACGACGGAGACGGCAACGUUUUUUGUACAUUCUUUGCCGUCGUUGAACGACCAUGACGUGAAACUACCCUAUUUCACGUUUUGUUGAGGACGUGAACGCAAGACAACUAGUUUCUCGUCCUUUUUUUUAACUUCGAUACAGUCCUUUAGAAUUCAACUGCAGAAAAAUUCACCAACAUUUGCCAAAAUGAACGGCAUGGAAGAAGAGCGAUGAAUUUUGAAGUAGCGCGAAUUCACGGUUUUUAAGAAACGUUUUAGCUUGAGCUCCCAAAUAUAUCCAACAACGGCCUUAAAACCCGAGUGAACUAAUUGCUCUUGAUGUUUUUUGAGAUGUUGUAGUGAUCUUUCCGUCCCGUCUGUUUUUCUCUUAUCAGGAAAAGUCUUGAAACGCAGCAGGUUGAGGCUGCGAACAAGUUAGAAGAGGCUAGGUUUGUAUGAUCAUAAUCAGUCACUAGCAAAAACCAAGUGACGAAUUGAACCAGAUUUCUCCAUUAUUGCCCCAUUAUUUUGUUCAUUAACUGAUUAUCGGUACGUUUAAUUGUGGAGGAUUGGUGCCUAUACAUGAGCCGUAUGCAUAUUGCGCUUUCGUGUUUCCUUGUAUUUUCGUUCGUAUACAAAAUGAAAGAGCUGUCACUUAAUAGGCUGUAAUAUGGUAUCGUUCCUUUUCAACGCUUCAUGCGUAAUUUCACUGCUCCAUCCGGGUCACCUUAGUCACAGCUGUGGCCAAUCACAGUAGACGCUGACAUGCCUGAGCAUGCAAUGAACCAAUCAAAACAUGAAGGAAGUAACCAACUCACUUAUUCAAAAAACACCGCAUUUUUCAGUUUGGAAACAUGCUUGGCAAUAAACAAGUAGUACACAUUCUUUUUCUUUGUGAUGAUGAACACUAUGAUCUGUUUUUGUUUGUUUUAGAGAUGGUUGACACGGUCGACUUUUUCAAUAUGACUCAGCAAAUAUCAAAGCAAUGCUGAGAGAAAGUUAAGAAUAGUGUCCAGGCAAAUUGAAACAGUUUUGACUUGGGCAAUUAAACAUAUUGCAGGCGGGAACUUGAGUUCCUCCGUUCUCAACAACAGAGAGCUUCGGAAGUAAGAAGCGCGGAGGAAGUUCAGCGAAAAGUAGAGUUGGAAGCGAGCCACCAGCAGCUAGAACUUCAGAAAAAGUAUUUAGAAGAAAUUCGUCAAGAACAGGAACAGGCGCGUGAAAGAGCAGAAGAAGAAAUAAGACAGGUGAAUUAGUCUUAAAUAUUUACGUUUUUAAAUGAAUACAGAACUAGACAAUCAAUCAGUCAGUCAUUUAGCCAUUCCGUCAGUCAGUCAAGUCUGUCCGUCCGUCCGUCCGUCAGUCAAUCAGUCAGUCAUGUCAGUCAGUCAGUCAGUCCGUCCGUCAGUCAAUCAGUCAGUUAGUCAGUCAUUUGGAGCGUCUUUUUUCUAAUUUUUUGCUGUUCAUGAAUUAGGUGAAAGAAAGGAUUCGUCAAGAACAGGAUGAAGAGCGACAGCGCUUGGAAUCUGAGAUGCAGCGUUUGGUGGCACUUGAAGAGGAACACAGGAGAAAGGUGAUGGCCAAGGAACUGGAGAUGAGCAGGAUAAAAGACGACCUUGAAAGAAAAUGGGAACGUGAAAGGCGACAGGUAUUCCAGUAAUCUGAGCUUUCAGCUUCAUUAUUUCGCUAGUUAUAAUCACAAAAAUCCUGAUUCUAAUACGAUUUCUGGACUAGCACUGAUUGGUAUUGCAUUGUGUGGCUAUUUUGCUUAUGUCAACUUGCACCCGAACGCGCGCUAAUUUCAUAUUGUGCUUUUUUCGUGAAUGGAAUAUCAUUGUCAGAUUAUAUGCAGCUAAAAUGCUUCGUUUGGACUUGCGAUGACUCGCGAGGACUGCGUUCAAUUGGAAUUGCGUUAGAUUUUUUACAGGCAAAUACUUGCACUGAAAACUUUGACAUUUCCUUUUCUUCAGAAAUCAAAAUUAAACUAGUUGUUUUUUCUUUUAUCAUAUUUUACUUCGUCAUUGCGUCCACACAGAAGAGAGUAGAUGAAACAUUGCGUAGUGUUGAACAGAACUUUAUUCGUUGUAUACAGAAAUGUUGCUUGACUCGCACUUUCUUCCCAAUUGUUGUUUAGUUUUUUAGUUGCUUUGUAAAUCAUCUUACCGAUAGCUGUAGCCAAAGUUUGUUUUAAUCAUUUUAUCUUUAUCUCAGGUUGAAGUGCAACGUGAAGAGGUAGCAAAGCUACAGCAGGAAAUCGAAGCCAAGUCGCAAGAAUUAGAAUUAGCUGAACAGCAAGCUCGAGCUGCAGCUGAACGGAGCAGCACCGCAUCUUCAUCUGGAACGUUAACUCCCUCCACCAGCAGUGACGCGUUACAAGAGGCAGCUGCUGCCGCGCGCAGUGAGGCAGCGGCAGAAGCAGCAGCUAGGGCGGAGCCCGAGGAGAAGAAUCAGUUAGAGGUGCUGCGUGAACGGUUGAAGCAGCUGGAGGCUGAUUAUGAAGAACAGCGGAAGCAGGCGCAGAGGGAGAUGUCACAAGCCAAGGAUUCAGUCCGCAGAGUGGAACAGGAGACGUUAGAGGGACUCCGCAGCCUGACGACAGGGAAGUCGGCGAUUGAAUUCGAGUGGCGUCGCUUGGAGGAACUGCAAGCGAAGCACAAACGAGCCCAGGAGCAGUCUUACGUCAAGAUAAAAGAUGUGCGCGAGAUGUUAGAGAGUGCGGAGGAAGUAGAGGAAGCGUCGCUAAUUGAGAAGGAGAAAAUGAUCAUGGAGAGAAGAGCUGCGAGAAUGAAAGUGGAGGAAGCAAGAAGAAGGUGAGAGGAGUUUCAGUCAUAUCUGAAGCCCGAAGGACCAAAAAAAAAUUUUUUUAGAGACCGCCCCCCCCUUUAUCUAAGGGUCUGGAUGACCGGGUCCCCACCCCUUUAUCUCAAGGUCUGAAUCCGGCUCUGUAAGCUUCUUCGUAAGGGGCUUUAGGAGGGGUUCAUAUCCGAGGGGGACUUAUAACCGGAAUAAAGAAUACGCUUCGUAUUCAGGAUACGUGCAAACGAGUCCUUGUGAAUAUUCAAGAACAUUUAGAUGCGUGCCUUGACGGCUUCUGUCCACACGAGAACGAUUGUAAACGGAUAAAUUUCGUUACCGGGUGGACAUAAACAGACAAGUUUGUAUACGGGUUCGUGUGGACAUAAUCUUAGUUAGCCGAGUUGUGUUAAGUUUGGUCAGUGAAACUCUGGCUUAACGCGUCCUUUUGAUUAAAAACUUUGUCUCUAUAAAACUAGGCUGUAUAAUUUAAUGUCACUUGGUUUUGUCUCCAGUGCUCUUGAGCAUGACAACGGCGACGAGGACCAAGUGAGGUCACAGUAGUUCAACGAUAGGUGAAAUUUAAAUCUGAGGAGGCAGCGUGAACGAGUGGUUAGAGCGCUGGACUUACAAAUCGGAGGCCCCGAGUUCAAGUCCCGCCCUGACCGCUAGCUGGAUUUGUUCACAGUAGUCCUGAGUUCAAAUCCUCGACCACGCUUGUAAAAAGCCAACUGGUUUGCCUCAUACCAGUUGUGAUUAUUAACCCUGUUAGGAUCAAUUUGAAUUGUUUGUUUCAGGCAUUUGCUCGGCCCCACUAGCAUUAGUGCUAUAAAUACUGCCGAGGGUAAAUAACGGAAUUAUUAUGAUUAUGAUUAUUAUUUCACGUCAGGUUUUAAAAAGAUAGUUUAUACCGGGUUCUUGUUUCAUUGACAGGUUGGAAGAGUUGGAAAACGAAGAUAAAGAUGUGGAGCUAACUGAAGACGAUUUCACGAAAAAGAAAGAACUUUUAGAAUUCGAAACUCGCGAGGAAAUCAAGGAUAUCAGAGAGGAACGAAAAAUUUUGACUGAACUCUUGCACAAACAUCAAACGGCGCUUCAAAAAGCGACGCUGAUGGUAACGGAGACUAAGACCAAGUUAGAGAAACAUCUGGAGAGCGAGAAGCUUAUUCUCCUGCCGGUCAGAGAAAAGGUGGAGGGUUUGGUUCGAAAUGAGCUUGGACCGUUGAUUGAUUACGAACAGGAAAUAGAGAAAAAAUGUGAGGAUGUUGACCGGGAGGGACGUGAGCGCAAGAAGUUAAUCUACAAGCAGAGGAGACGAAUCGCGCUGCUAGAGCGGCAACACAACCAGGCGCUGCAACAGGCAGAGAAAGAAACGUUAAACGAAGAAGAGCUUGAAGAGUUGGAGAAUGAAAGAGAAGCAGAGCGUAGUCUGAUAAGGAAAGAAAAAGUUCGAUUGCUGGAGCUCGAGAAAAAGCACAAAGAACAGCAAGAGGUCGCGGAGCUGACGAUCGGAGAGGCUGUUCAGGAGCUGGAAAAACGGAAAUCGAGCGUGAAUCAGCUUUUGGAAGCAGAGAGGCGGAAGUUAGCUGAUUUAGAAGCUGUACAUAAGGAGACGUUAGAGCACGUGGAACAAGAGCUGGAACAGCGAUCAGAGAUUCUGCACCGAGUAAAGGAUAAAGUACAGAAGGACAAACGACAACUUGCAAAGCUGGACGUGAGGCAGCAGCGAUGCGCGGCCAAAGCGGCGGAGGAGUUGUUCCUCAUGGCGGAUCUGUUGGAGAAAGAAAUGAGCGACAAGGGAAAAACAGAUGAGUUGAUUAGAAUUAAGGAACAGAGGAAGAAACUUCAGGAGUUGGAUAAGCAGUUGAGAAUGGCGGAAAAACGAGAGAAAAACUCAAGAGGAGAUGACGCCGAGAACCCGCAGUGUAUUCUGUUGUAAUUUCCCGGAGAUGGAUAGCCUUAAUCGUCACGCAAAGCCUCUCUGUGAAAAGCGUUGCGUGACAAAGAAGCCUUGCGUGACGAUUCAAUCAUCUUUGUUAAUUCUCUUUAUGUAAAACUCGCUCUUCUUUUUCUGUUCGCCGGUUUUGUUUAGCGUGCUUUGCUACAGAGGUGGUGGUUACCUCACUUUUCUCAAUUUAACGGAUCAGGCGUUUAUUUCAGACGCCUUGUUUGUUGGAAACUGGAGGGUUUGUGGAGCGAGUUUGCUAUUUUUCUUCUUGAAAACUUGAAAACCCUUGUAUCUCAAGUUAUCAUACCAAAAAACUAAUGACCAAUGGUAUAAAUAUUACUUAAAACAUCCUCUAUUGACCCGGCGUUUAGUCAACAAAAUUUGAUAUGCCCUAUACUAGAAUCCUGGAUUUUUCUUCGUUUCUAUUUCAUCUUCUGCAUUGCUUUUCUAUGUUGUUAUAUAAGGAAUAUCUGGUAAGAUUCCUAGGGGGGAGGGAGUGAGGGGAGUUUGCUCUCCAUUAUUCAGAGGGUUCAAUGAAAUCUUAAUUAUUUGUUAGGUAUAUUUCUCAGUUGUUAAAUUUUCGUGCCAGGAAAUUGUUUUAGAGCGGUCGGUUUUGUUGGUUGUUGCAAUCAAACCAAAACUAUUUUAUCUCCGUGCUUUGUGAUCCAGCGAAACGUUUUUUAGGCCUUAUGUGGUGAAUUUUGUUCAAAAAAACAUAUUAACUGAUGUCCCUAGUGUUAACCGCUGGAAAACCUCUAACCGUUGCGAAAGCGCGAUUUCGGGAAGGCGCGGUAACGUCAAAUCGGUGGCUAAAUAAUACACAAAUGGUCCUAAGGAUUUCAAAGAGCGCUGGAAAGAUUUAUAAUCUCGUAGGUUUCAUGCCUUAAUCGAACUCUUCCCUUUUUUCUGUCUCUGCUUUUUCCUCUCUUUGUUUUCUUGAAUUGUUUUCAACGAUUUAUAGACGUAGCGUACAUUUGGCCAGCAACAAUCGAUGGAAAACCGUGUAAAACGAGUUCCUUGCAAAUUUAUAUCCCUCUUUGUACAUAUAUCAGUUAAUCCCAAAAUACAGUUUCGGUUUUGAGUUCAUAAACCUAAAUUUGAGCGCGUACAACAGUAGGAGAAUUAUUUAAAAUUGGUUAAGUAAAAGUGGUUUUGCUUUUAUUUGGAAAUGUAAAAUAAACGCAAGAUCGCAAUUGAAACGUUAUUGCCUUGACAGUUUAUUUAUCUAACAAAAUUUAGUGCUGUUCAGUAAAGAAAACUUAAGAUUUUUUGUAAUUUGAAUCAACUUGGAACGCAUUUCUCCAGAUCAGAGGAGAUCAUUGCUAGCCAAUGAUUUGUGCAAAGAAAACCUCUUUUCAUUCUUUGACAAUGUUAUGUAAAGAUAUUAAAGAAUAAAGUCGUUCGUUGGACAAAAUAUAUUUAUUUCGGCGAACUAAUGUAAGGAUAAGUUUAUUUUUGUUUUACCGUCUUUUUUUUUUCGAUAAUGAAUUGUACAAAAUAUUAAUUAUAACCCUGUGGAUAGGGUGUUAGUAGAAAAAGAAGAGGUUAAUUAAGGGAAAAUGUACCUCAUCCAGUGAUAAAUGUCUAUACGUAUACUAACAUACUCCAGGGAACUGUUACCAAAAGCCCCCUGUUAGGGCGUGUUUACAUGGAGGUGGGGGACCCCAGUUAGGUGAGGUAAAAUGCGGCGGGUCACCCCACCUAUCCUGUAAACGUGAUCAAAUGAAAAUGAGAUUAUAUGGACAGACGGGUUACCCCACUUAAGCGGGUAUCCUCACCUACCUGGGGUCCCCCACCUCCAUGUAAAUAAGCCCUUAAUUAAUGCGAUCCUAAAGAAAAACUCGAAGGCUCUAAGGAGAAAGCUAGUUUGGGUUAUAAAACCUUAAGGGUAUGCCUUCUUCUGGGGUGGGGUACUUUAUCAAAAUGAAGGGUGUGCUUGUUGUACUUUUUAAGGGUUCAAAGUGCGGGGAUUGGUACCGCUUAGAUUGCUUCAGUUUCGAAAAUCCCCACCAUUAGACCUGUAGUAAUAUCUUGCAGGGACCUUAAUUGGGGUCUUAACUGAAGUGAUGGGAACUAGUCGUCAAAAUGUUCUGAGGAUCGCGCACAAAUCGAGAUUCUGGUAUCGUUUAGAAGUGUCUUUGGAAUUUUCCGACGAGCACCUUCGUCAUUUUUAUAUGGACGUUCCCCUUGGGGCUCACUUAGGUGAGUUAGGUAGGUAGCUUGAACUCUCAUUUGUUGUAGGAUAGGGUAAAGACUAGUUCCAGGAGUUAUCAGCAGUGAAAGAAACUGCGAAAAUCACUGUUAAUGUGAUAUUGAAUAAAGAAUUAA